UUUUUUUUACCUGUUUAUGUAUUUUUAACGUUUAUGUCCGUCGGAUGGGACGUUAAAGGUUGCCCCAUGUUUAAGGAUCACAACUCCCUUGGCACGCAAAAGAUCGUUUCCCCGAUUUUCGAAAAAGAGUAGGUUCACAGGGGGCCAUCAGGGAAACUCAAACACUCACAACCAAACAUUUUUCACUUAAUUAACCGCCGUAAAAUGGCUGAAAUAUUGCCAAAACCGCGUAAAACCAUGGCCGAGUGGUUAGAGCAUCGUGCUCAAAGUCACACGGCCUUUCACCUCUGUCGGCGUGGGUUCGAAUCCCGCUCGCGCCGGUGAGAAAAUUUCCCAAUUUACUUUCGGAAGGUCGGUGUUCUCUUCCCAGGUACAUUGUAUUUGGGUUCUCUCUUCCACCAAUAAAAAUUGGGCGCCACCAGAUAACUGAAAAAUUGUUGAGUGUGGCGGAAAACAUCAAUCAAUCAAUUGAUCAGACAAUAUAUUCCUAUGCCCAGUUCGAGCGGACAACAUAGGUGGCAUACCUAUAAUUAAAAUUGGGAUGUAUUUUGUGCAAGGGAGUUAAUUAAUGUGGGGAGAACAGUAGUACUCAGAUAAAGCCCACCUUUUAUGCAGCCAGUACUUCGUUUGGGAGACUCAUAUCUUGUUUUAUAAAUAAUCUUACCACGAUUAUCUUUUAAUGCAAAUGACUUGGGGAAAAUCACUUUAAAGGAGAUUGAUUGAUUGUAUCUUGUUUAACGUCUCUCUCUAGAAUUUGUCACUCAUAUGGAGACGUCACCAAGAUCGGUGAAGGGCUUUAAAUUUAGGCCUAUGCUCGGCGCUUACUGCCAUUGAGCAGUGCGGGUUCUUUAGCGUGCCACACCUACUGUGACAUGGGACAUCCGUUUUUAAGGUCAUCUCCGAGGACCCGUGACAUUCACACCUGAUGCUGAGCGUUUGGCGGUGGAACUGUCACUACCUGUUUUAACAACUUAGGUCUGUCGCAGCCGAGAUUUGAACCUCGGCCUUUCGUAUGCGGGGCGAACGUUCUAACCUCUAGUCCACCGUGGCGGUACUUUAAAGGGGAAGGCAACACAAAAAAUUACAUGGUAAAUGAUAGGAUUAAUUAUAAGGUAAAAGAUUGGCAUACUAUUCUGUUGAUAUACGAUGUAGAUAAGCCUCAAUACUAAUUUGAAAACGUUAAAAAUUGAAGAAAAAAAAUAAAAGGUCAAGCAGCUUUGCAAUAAAAUAUCAAAACGCUAAUAGAUAACGAACAGUGAUCAAUCUCAUAACUUCUAUAAGCAAUACAAAAUAUAGAGUUGGACAAACACGGAUCCCUGGAUAUACCAGAGGUGGGAUCAGAUGCCUAGGAGUAGUAUAAGCAUCCCCUGUCGACCAGACACACCCACCAUGAGCCCUACAUCUUGAUCAGGUCAUUCAUUGACGUAUAAUUGUAUUGUUACGUAACACUUACUUGGACAAUAACAUUGAAAGAGAUCACUACGUUGGAUAAGGUUCAACAUCCAUUAAGAUGAUGACAAGCGAUUUCUGAGCAGACACGGAGCGAUAAGGCUAUCGGAAGCUAGCCAUCUUCCUGCACUCCCAGCAAACGAUUUUAAUUGCAGACCGAAACAUGGAAUCGUUCAACAGGUCUACAAUUUACGAUGAUCUCGUAAAUGUGACAACGUACGACAUACAUUUAGACAAUAAUUCAGAAAUCUCGUUGAAUUCUCUAGUUUGCAGUCCCGAAACAUCUAAUGACAAUGGAACUGAGUUGACAGGCUUGGCCAAAUUCAAUGUACUGUAUGCUGGUGUUCAUGGAUAUCUAAGCGUGGUGGUGUGCCUUUUUGGAAUCGUUGCCAACAGUGUAAACAUCGUCGUUUUAACAAGAAAAAAUAUGCUUUCGUCCACAAAUGUGUUACUCACGUGGCUAGCAGUUGCAGAUCUCUUUACAAUGCUGAGUUAUUUCCCCUUUGCUCUUCAUUUCUUUAUUUUUAAAGAGCCCGAUCUGUAUUAUUUCACAACACGAUACUUUGGAUGGAUAUGUUUCCUGCUUUUCCAUGCCAGCUUCAGCAUUGUCUGUCAUACAGUGGCUAUAUGGAUAACUAUAGCUCUGGCCAUAUUCCGUUUUCUAUACAUCUGGUUCCCAACGAGGGGAACAACAUAUUGUUCCCUGGAAAAAGCUAAGCUUGCUAUUACUUUAACUAUCGUGUCAACCAUAAUAUGUCUUGUCCCAAAUUAUAUCGUAAAUGUAAAUGGAGAUAUGCCAUACUGCGACCCCAAGACGAAUUCAAACGUAAUCAUUCACACCAUCGAGUACCGGUCCGGUGGAGCGUUCAGAGUUUUAGAAAAUGUGAAUUACUGGAUACAAGCGGUGUUUGUGAAACUUAUUCCGUGCGUUAUGUUGACCAUUUUAACCGUCCUUCUUAUUGUUGCAAUGCACCGCGCCUACAAAAAAAGGAUGGCUCUAAAGAGAAGAGGCAAAAAGGCUGAAUCCGACAAACACAAUGAGCACAACAGAACCACACUGAUGCUGUUCACAGUUGUCGUCCUGUUUCUUAUCACAGAGUUUCCACAGGGUGUGUUAACCCUGAUGAGCAGCUUAAAUAAAGAGUACCACAGUGAAAUUUACGAAAACUUAGGGAACCUACUGGACAUGAUGGCUCUGUUGAACAAUUCUAUCAAUUUUGUCCUGUACUGCACUAUGAGCAAACAAUUCCGUCACACCUUUAUAGGUAUAUUCUGCAAGUGUUGUCCGAAAAACGGACCCGGAUGGAGGAAAAUGGGUGUCGUAAGUUCGGAAAAAAAUGGAUUUGCAACUGUCACUACGCAUGUGUGAAAUUAGAUAAUACUAGAACAGAAAAUCCAUUGGACUUGCAUAAUUUCGUAAAUAUUCGUUAUGUCACAUUUCCAUAUUUGAAUUAAUUCAAAUCCCUGGAUUUUACAUAACCACAGGACAUCGAAACAUUGGUGAACAGGAAAAAGAGAUAGGAUAUUACAGGAGGACGAUUCACGUUUAUUCUUUGUUACACGUAGAGUUGAUCAUAUGGUAUCAUUUGAUUUUAUCCGUUGAUAAAGACUUAUAUUAUAUAGUGGCCAAACGACUAGUCAACAUUGAUUUAUAUCUGAACAACUUUAAAUAAUUUCAACAGAUAUGCAAAGUAGUUCUUUUAAAGGUGUUUCAUUUAUAUAAAUAACAGUUUUUUAAAAACAUAAAUUGUAUUCUUUUACAAGCUAUAAGCAAAUGGAGACUAAGUAUCAACAUUAUAUAAUAGUUAUUUCCCCCAUAUUGAUACCGUCUAUUUAACGCGUCUGCCGUGGGUGACACACCAUAUAUAGCUAAAACUCCCCACACAAGAAGCUGGUGAUAAACUAGUGAAUACCAUCAUUAGUACCGGUGAGUCGAGGACUGAUAAAUUCUUGUAAAAACCCAUUUCGGUCCCCCCCCCCCCCCAGUAAUUUGGUGUGUAAUAUAAAUGAUAUCCGAGAAUAUUUGUUAUACACUGGAAAUACUAUAGUUAAAUCCAGAGAAUAAUGCUAAAAUAUAUUCAUCCAUACUUUCUAACUUGUCAAAAGUCUAUUAGCCUUUUUUUUCCUGUUUUCCCUGCGCGUUCAUUUAUAACCCCAUUAAAUGAAAGCAUAAAUAAUUAACAUGCAUCCCCAAGUCAAUCAAGAUUACACUUUAAGCAAAUCAUGCUUUCCCUCUGCACUAUCAUUCAUAUCAAUGAACAUUCAUUUUUCAGAUGAAUCCCAGGAAACAUUUUAACUCGUUACACUAUAACCCCCAAAUUGGAAGAAUUUGCCAUCAAUGAUUGACUGUACCACGUUUUAAGUCCAGUCCCCCGUUUGUUUAUUGCGGAUGCAUUUGCCAGUUUUUGUAACUUAAUCAAUGGAAUUAUAAAAUCAUAAUUGUCAACCUUCCCCACACAAAAGUAGCAAAUUAUACAUGCAUGUAUAUACAUGGACAUUGGCUGUUGUAUUCUUACAAGUGUGUUAUGAUAUAGUAAGAGGUUGUAUGGUAAUUACAAAUGUAAUCAGAUUUCAUUGUAGAUUUUAAAGCUUCCUUUACAUGUAUAUACUUUUAUAUUGACAGUUAUCAUAAUCGGUUAGAUCGUUUUCAAGAUUAGAAAUGAAAACCACCAUUUUUCUUGUAGACAACCCAGCCAUAAAUCCCAGACAUACAUGUCUAGAUGAUAUAUAUAUAUAUAUACACACUAUAUACAGUACCUGGCCAUAAGUGAGUCAUAAUUUCAUUUUUUCACUAUAUAUUUCAUUGAAAAUGCCUUUUUGGAAAACACUUGUUGCAACAUUAUUUGUAGCUCAUUUCCAUGGAUUUGAAAUGCAGAAUUAUUAUUAGUUUUUUCAUAUAAUUUCAAAAUACGUUUAUCUGUAGGCGUUGUGGUGAUAAUCAUCCAUCAAAUGCGAAAUUGAAAUUUUACUAAACAGAUUUGGUUAGAAAUUGUAGCGUUUUGAGGUUAGAAAUUUCGCCUUCAUGAUUUCAAAAAUUAUUCUUAAUGAUCAAUGUAUCACAACUUGUUUAACAUCCAAAGAAAAGAAAAUUUGAACAAAUUUGCAUAAUUAAGUGGAAAAAUUAUGGAAAUCGGAUUGAUAUUGACCUCACAAUAAGUGUUUUUUCAAUGAAAUAUAUGGUUAAAAAAUGAAAUGAUGACUCGCUUAUGGCCAUAUACUGUAUAUAAAUAUCUAUCAUCUAGACAUGUAUGUCUUGGAUUAAUGGCUGGGUUGUAAUAUAUAUAUAUAUAAGUAACUAUCCACUCAAGUAAUAGAUUAGAACGCCGAAAAUAACUCAACCGAUUUCAUUUUCAAUCUUCAAGAGUUAUGACAUUAUUGCUUAGUUACACAUGUGUAAAGUGUAAGUUCUAAUUUUUCUUUAUUUUAUAUAUAUAUAAUAAGUCCUUGGUAUAGGCAAAUAUAGAAAAAAAAGUUUUCACAUUUAUCCCAAAGCGCUUUCGCUCUACGGCUCUUUAGUGGAAUUUGAAUAACAAUAACAUAAUUAGACGUCGUUCGUUAUUAUGACGUCAUAGUAAGAGACAACGUAAAAUAUUUGGCGCAAUAAAUGUUCGAAAAAGCUCCAAGUAAUUAUACAUAGAAUAGUGAGUAACACAUAUUCACAUGCUUAUAAACUAUUUCAAUUCACGAAACAUCAUGAAUUGAAUUGUACAUUGAUAGUAAGUUAUCCAUUGAGUUUCGGGUUAAACUUAUUAAUGAAAUAUUGUUCUUUUGCCCGACGUAAUUGUUUAUUUUCUUCUUUAACUUUAUAAAAUGGAAUUUUUUUGAAACGUCCUCUUCCGCACACAUCAAAGUGUUCGCUACAGAGAGUGUUUUUCCCAGAUGGGUUCCUGAUUUGCUGUUUAUGGACACAUACUCGGUCAUAAAUUAACACAUGCACGUUCAUGUAUGUUUGGAUUCGUUGCAUAACACGUUCUUACUCCUAUCAAGAUUAACUGUGGAGAAAAAUUAACUAGAGUAAUUUCUGAUAAUAAUUAUUUUUCCUAAGAAUUGUUGCUGAAACAGAAAAGUAAAGUACUCUUCAUCAUAAUUCAAGUUCACACUUCCCGUAUAAAAAUGGUAUUUUUCAUGUUCAUAUUAUAACAACAGUGAAUAAGAUACAACCAAAGAAAGAAAAUGUCUUUAGACAAGUAUCUAAAAACCAUUUGUCACCAUUGAAUCAUUAAAUGAGAAAGUAGGUACAUUUGUAUGGUGAAAGACAAUAAUUACAUGUAGGUAUUGGAUUUUGUACACGUUGUUAUAUGUUGUUAAGGGCAAAAUUCAGAAUUAUUCAUCAAUUAUAACGUCUCUACGUCCGUCCACUAUUGUCAAGUAGAGCGCUAUUCGAAAUUAAGCUAAUGCUCCUUCUCCCCAGAGUGUUACACAUUUUAGAAAAUAAACAAAGCUAAUUCUAACAGUUUAUUUUUCCGUGCAUAUUUCAUGUUCGUAUUUCGGUCACAAUCCAUCAUUGACGUUUGUGUAUGAAGCUGCUAUGAGUUGCCGUUUUGUUGAUUUCAGUAUGAAGGAAAUCAAAGUUUGUCGGUAAUUGUCUUGUUAAUUCAUGUUUAAAUGCCUUAUUACACAACUACCUGUUGUAAUAGAAAAUUGUAAGUAAGUAUUGAUUGGCUGUUAGUUGUGAAUAAAAGUUGUCGUCAUGGAAA